AUGGCGACUCUCUCGACUUCCCGAGGAGUAACCUCUUCUGGUAGCCCAACCGGCAGCGGCGCCGGUGGAUCUGCUGGUGGUGCGGGGGGCGCUGGAUCAGCGGGACCCAGCCCCUCAUCCUCCGUUCCUCUGGUGGGGUUCAUGGAGAACUUUUCUUUCCUUCGACCUUUCAUCAGUGGCGAGAAUGGAGACAGUGACGACCAAGCUCCGUCUAAUGGAGCGGGAUGCACCCCGAGGGAGUGGAUGGAACGCAUGGGUGAAGUCGAGGUGUACGAGCGAGACCUACAUCGCCUCAUCUUGAAUUUUUUCACUGUCAACGGCUUCGGCGAGGCUGCUGCAGAGUUUGCAGAAGAGACAGGCCUACAGCCGGACAUGCCGCUGGCGUCCAUUGCCAGGCGUUCCCAGAUUCGCGAGGCCGUUCUCGAGGGAAGAAUGGAGGAGGCAAUUCGACUCAUUCACCUCGUUGACCCACAGAUUCUAGCCGCCAACCCCGAGGUUAACUUCUUGUUGAAGCAGCAGCAGCUUCUCUCGCUCAUCGAGAGGGGAGACACGUGUGCGGCCAUCGACUUCGCCCAGCUGGAGCUCGCUCCUUGCGUCAGGCAGCAUGCGGACCUGCUCCCCAAACUGGAAGAGGCCAUGGCCCUCUUGGCCUUCAGUGACUUGAAGUGCGAAGAGGCGCAGCGGCUGCUCGGCGGCAUGGACCAGAGACAGCAAACCGCGCGGCGCAUUGACGAAGCCAUUCUCGAUUUCUUCAACCUCGAACAAGAAUCUGCCCUUGAGAACCUAGCGAAGAAUGCCCUGUGGAGUCAAAAGCAAGUCCGAAAAAGAAAGCCGCUGUCGUGUCCCUCUUUAGUGGAUCUGGCAACGGGAUCCAUGGCGCACGGCGAAUCGGGAGAAGGUAGUGAAAUAGAUGACCCUCCGCUUCCUCUGCCCUUGUGCACACAUCCUUCAUUCUCGUCCCAGUCCUCUCGCGACCGCGGGUCUGGAGGAGGCAGCGUCUUUGUGUCUCGACGUCACCUUCUGCUUCGUUCCCGGAGCUCUGGUCUUGCCUCUGCGGACUACCCAGAAGGACGCGGAGGAGGCGAGGCAAUGCAUCUAGCCAGCACUCCUGCGGCCGGAAGCGGCAGUCACGGGUCGCGCGGGAGCGGGGGCCACGAGGGCGCAGGUGGAGCUGGCGGAAGCGGCGGCGGGGCCCAAGACUCUACGCCGGGCGCGGGGCCCGGCGGCUCCUCGGAGGGGGCAGGUGGCGCCGCCCAGGCCACGGCUCUCUCGGGGGCUGGACAUUCGCCGGGAACAGCCGCCGAACCCUCCGACGUGGGCGGGCGGGCGGGGGGGUGGCAGGAGGCGCCAGUUCGGGGCAUCUUGGGGUUCGCAGCGGCCUCCCGUCGACGGGGUCGCCGCUGA